AUGGGGCCUAAGAAAGAAGAAAAGCUCCAUAUCAACAUUGUUGUAGUCGGCCACGUAGAUUCCGGCAAAUCAACGACAACUGGUCACCUCAUCUACAAGUGUGGCGGGAUCGAUAAACGCACCAUCGAAAAAUUUGAGAAGGAAGCCAAAGAGAUGGGAAAGGGAUCUUUCAAGUAUGCCUGGGUUCUCGACAAGCUAAAGGCGGAGCGUGAACGUGGUAUCACCAUCGAUAUAGCUCUCUGGAAAUUUAAAACGGAAAAAUACUCUGUCACUGUCAUUGAUGCACCAGGCCAUCGUGAUUUCAUCAAGAACAUGAUUACUGGGACCUCACAGGCUGAUUGUGCCGUUUUGGUUGUGGCUGCUGGUACAGGCGAGUUUGAAGCCGGUAUAUCCAAAGACGGGCAGACACGUGAACAUGCCCUGCUCUGUUAUACCCUAGGUGUGAAGCAGCUCAUCGUCGCUGUUAACAAGAUGGACUCCACUGAGCCUGCGUACAGCGAAAGCCGUUUCAAUGAAAUCGUGAAAAAUGUCUCUACUUUCAUCAAGAAAGUCGGCUACGUUCCAAAGAGGAUCGCCUUCGUGCCGAUAUCUGGAUGGCAUGGUGAUAACAUGAUGGAGAAGUCGCCAAAGAUGCCAUGGUACAAUGGUUGGAAAGUUUCCGAACGUGGUAAAGAUGCCGCAUCGAAAGAUAUUCCUAAUGCACAUGGUGAUACCCUCCUCCAGGCGUUAGAUUCUAUUUUAAUGCCUGAUAGACCAACAUCUAAGCCUCUUCGAGUACCGCUCCAGGAUGUCUACAAAAUUGGUGGUAAUAGCAUUGUUUCUUGUAGUUAUAAUCCCUUGCAUUGGAUGUGA